ACAGCCAAUCACAAUCUCACUUUUCCGUCUCCCACACACGUUUUACGCCAUCUUGAAAUUACACCCGCAGUUUGUGGAUCCGCUCUGAGACCAGAAAGCACAACAACUCUCUUUUCCCCUCCUCCGUUAAGUUACCGCUGCUGCGUCCCGGUAUGAACAGAAACAAACCGGCACCGAAAGUCAGCAGAGGACAGACGGAAUCAGACACCGGCUCGGAAAGAAAGACCGGCGGAGGAAUGCUGAAGAAGCUGAAGUCGAGGCGCAGUCAAACGGAUAAGUGGCCUGUGGUCACGGAGGAUGAACUCCGGGCUCUCGGGAGAGAGAUUUCCCCGGACCAUGUCCUGGGUCUCCGGGCUGUCACGGAGGAUUAUCUUUGCAAACCUGAAGACAAUAUCUUCAACAUUGACUUUACACGUUUCAAAAUAAGAGAUCUGGAGACAGGAACAGUGCUGUUUGAGAUAGCCAAACCUCCGAACAGCGGUACCGUGGAAGGUGAAGAAGAGAGUGGAGACGUAGACACGAGUUCAGGGCGUUUUGUGCGAUAUCAGUUCACACCAGCCUUCUUAAAACUGCGUACUGUUGGCGCAACUGUGGAGUUCACAGUGGGCGACCGGCCCAUCAACAACUUUCGUAUGAUUGAGAGGCAUUACUUCCAGGGACGCCUUCUCAAGAACUUUGACUUUGACUUUGGUUUCUGCAUUCCCAACAGCCGCAACACAUGUGAACACAUUUAUGAGUUUCCGCAGCUUCCAGACGACCUCAUUCGACAAAUGGUGGCGCACCCUUAUGAGACCAGAUCAGACAGUUUCUACUUUGUGGACAACAAACUCAUCAUGCACAACAAGGCAGACUAUGCCUACGAUGGUGGUCUGUAAUGCCUAAAGGGAAAAAUGUGUGCAGUAUUUCCCAGGGGAUUAUUUCGUGGAUCACCUAAUACAAAAGCUUCCUUUUGGGGAACAGAAGUAUUCUUUCCUUGGCGGACAGUCCCUACAAACGUGAAUCAACGGACCGCAUCUGCCUUCAUAUAAAAUCAUGGAUCCAUUCAUCAGUACCUCAUAGAGCUCAGUUUCUGGGACUCUCGAGGAGUGUUCUGUUAGAUAUUUCUCCUAGUGAAGCAUUUUUUUCUGAUCUUUUCGGUUUGUCAUACGUAUCAUGUUACUGCUUGAACUCUUUUGCCUUAAGUUUAUUGCAGUCUCUGCUGGAAAGGGACCCUUUGAGUCACAGACCUAUUGUGGCAAAGUCUUUAGACUUUAGUUAUAACUUUGUGUAUUAAGUAUGUAGACUUAUCAGUUGCUGUUUAUUUGAAGUGACAAUUGUGUUUCCAAUAUGGAAAUUGCGAGCAUUAACUAGAUGUUUUACAAUAUUGUUAGGUCAUAUAUGAUCAUGUAAUACUAGUUGACAUUGUUUGAGUUUCAUUCUUCCUUAAAUAUAUUCUAUCAGUUGUGAGUUGGGACUGUUUGUGUCAUCUAUUUGAGCUUGGUCUCAACUUUUAGGCUGACCAAUCUUCUCUUUCGUAGGACCUCCUUUUAGGUCAAGAACGCCGUGAGCUCUUCUCAUGAUCCCAGGUUACAUUUUGGCUGUCGACUGGGAAUCUAGUGUUUGUUUUAUCAAACUCUGUAUCCUCUACACACUGAGAUACAUAAAAAUGGACAAGCUAGCAGCAGACUGUGCUUUCUUUAUAUGCCAUCCGUGUCUGAUGAUCACAUGGAUAUUAAAUCCCUUGAGGUCUGUCUAACUGGUAUGUUUGGCACGACAGCACUGUGAAUCCCACUACUUAGAAGCCGAGAUGGGCCAACAGUGUGGUAUACCUAUUAAAGCGGUUACUGGGUGUAUUCUCUGCUGCUCUGCGCUCAGGUUCUCAGUCCUACCAGUGACAUACCACAGUAGCAUGACAGUGCAGAGUGAUGUAGCUUGGUAGUUCCUCUAUUUUUAAUGAGGCAGUAGGGUGGAUGCAGAAGCUGACCUGUUUUUGCCCUGUUUUAAGGACUAUACUAGUGGUUUUGCUUUGUUUACUACAAAUGUGUACAGUCCUGCAGUAAAUCCUGCUUUAGUUGAGCUCGCAGUGCUCAUUUUUUUUGGUGACUGUAUCAGAGAGGGUGUGGAUUUGAUUAAAUGGACAUUUAAGAACCUGUGGUGCUGUUGUUCCUGAAAGGUCCAUAAUAAUAAUAAUAAUAAUAAUAUUUCUGUAAUUAAUUGAACACACUAACAAUGAAGACUUUCAGAAUGGUCUCUGCUUGAAAGGUCAUUUCCAGUCUAAAUAUCCACUCUAAUUAGCUUUGAUUUUUAUAUUGUACAGACAUGAAUGGAAAUCAGUGGCUACCUGUGUGGCAGGAAAUAAUUCUAAAACCCUUGUAAAUGGUCAGCUUUAACACUAUUAUGUAAUUCAUAUUUAAAUCAUGCAAAACCACUGGAACAGUGUGGAAGUCAUUUUUCAAUGCACAAAUGAUCUGUGCUUCUUUUUACUGUAUAUUGUAACUUCAACCAUGUGCCUUACAUACAGGUCUUUUAUUUUUAUGUAAGGGCUUUAUGUUUGUGCGUCAUAAUCUGACCAUCUUUCAGUACUGCAUUGUGUGAAACAGGGUGUGUUACGGGGGCUUCUUUUUUACGCUCAUCAAACUCCAUUAUGUAGCCCAUUAACAACCAACGAGUGUGAUAUCAGGCACGCACUUGGACAGCUGUGGCCUUUGCUCCGUGACACUAUACAACCAACAUUUUUUUGCCAUUUGGACUCGAUGGAUGUAAAUCAGCAUGACUGCUGGUUUGUAGCUUGUAGGUUUGUACAUUCUUUUGCCAUACAGUAUGAGUCAGUGGUUAAAAAUAAAUCUGAUGAUCUAAAUACCUUUCUAAUACACUUUGUAUGUCUGCACAAAAAGAGUGUAUGGACUACUCUUUUUAUGUUGGCGGAUUUUUACCAAUGACACAUUCAUGUCGCAUCAGAUUAAUUGUAAAUAAAAACAUCUGACUGCAAAAAAACA